AUGCCUGGAGAAUUAACUGAAACGGGAUCACAAUAUUCAUCUUGGGUUGGGUUAAUUUAUAUUUUUAACCUUAUUGUUGGAACAGGAGCCUUAGCAAUGCCAAAGACUUUUUAUAGUGCUGGCUGGCUUAUGAGUACGGUCUUCCUAAUUGUUUUAGCUUUCUUUAGUUACUUAACAGUUACUUUUGUUACUGAAGCCAUGGGAGUCGCUAAUUUCAAGGUGAAAAUGACACGGAAGCAUUCGACCCACAAAAAAGAUUUAAUAACCUAUGAACCUAGUGAAGAUUCACCUCUUAUUGAAGAAGACACAAGUAUAAAUCGAGAAACAGAAAAUGCAUACAUGUUUGCUGUUACGGAAAGGACAGAAAUGGGUCAGAUGGCAUCAAUGUUCUUUAAUAAAGUGGGUGUUUCGGCAUUUUAUUUCUGUAUUAUUAUUUAUUUGUAUGGAGACUUGGCUAUCUAUGGUGUGACGGUUCCAAAAUCAAUUAGAGAUAUUGCAUGUACAUACCAACUCAACAAUGAAACCAAAUGUAACCGGACACUGAAAGAUCAUGAUCCAUGUUGGCCAAGUUUAAAUCUUAAUCGAUGGCAUUCCUAUCAAAUAUUUAUUAUUCUAUUUGCUUUGUGCCUGGGGCCAUUUACAUUUUUUAACAUCCAGAAGACUGGAUUACUUCAAAUCUUUACAUCUGUUUUCAGAUGGACAUCAUUUAUCAUCAUGAUAGUUCUUGCCCUACUUCGUUUGUCCAAAGGUGAAGGGAAAGGAAAACCUGCUACUGCCGAUUUUACUGAAAUUCCCAGUCUGUUUGGAGUGUCGUCUAUUCGUUUAUGUGUCACCAUUCUCUACCUCGUUAGUGACACCAAUCAAAAUAAAUCACAUAUUUUUCGUCUCUUUACCGGCGACUAUAUCCUUGCUUUAAUUUUCUAUGCAUUGUUAUCAUUCACAGGCAUUUUUGCUUUCCAGCACAUUGAAGAUGUUUAUACACUGAACUUUCUUCCAAAUCCAUGUGAGGAUUCCAAAACAGCAAUCACUAACAUCAAAUUUAUUGAGUAUUUUCUCGUGCUGUUCCCCGUUUUCACUCUCAGUUCCAACUUUCCAAUUAUUGCAGUCACUCUUCGUAAUAAUUUAAAAACCCUCUUCUUUAACAAAAACCGUCCAUUUUCUUGGUUUGUUGACAGAAUUGUCUUCCCCCUCCUGGCUUUACUUCCACCACUAAGCAUUGCGCUGGUUACGGACAGGGUUGACUUUUUAGUCGAUGGUCCUUUCAUAAUAUCUUUUUCCAAAACCAAUAAAGUCAUUCUUUUCAGGUCUGUCUUUUCUUCUCUCUUUCAGUUUGUUAUUACGUAG